GCGUCUGAUAAGGAAGACAUCCUCCUUUUUCCACUGCGUGCCUCUUUUGCAUGUAGGUAACAUUUCUGACCCAGACACUGUGAAGACACCAGAUCUCUGAUCCAGCAUCAGCUCAGCUCUUCACUGAAAACCAGCUCUAACACCAUGCUCUGCUCCGGACUCAGCAGCACACUGUUGCUGGGAGCAGCGUAUUUCCUCCUGACUUCAGGGUUUAGCAGAGCCCAGCUCUCUUUACCUUCCAAUGUGACGGCCAUAUCCACAGGCAGAGUGAUCACCUUUAACGUCAUCAGUGUCCUACAGCUGAGCUGUGGGAGCGGAGUGAUGAUUGUGCAGUCAGUUCUGUACAGAUGUGCAGAUAAAGAAAUCUGCUCUCGGCUUCACGAUCUGGACGUCAUCAAGAAAAGCUGUGACUUGAAGGAAGUGUGUGAAAUAAAUACAAACAUGGUCCGUACCUGUGAUCCCAGCGUCUGCACGUACCUGGACAUCACCUUCAACUGCUUCCCUGCAAUCCACAGUGUAACAUGUGAAGGAUCUCAGGCGAAACUUCAGUGUGGUGAAGGACAGGUUAUAGUCGUCUACUGGGCUAAUUAUGGUCGCCGUGACAACACCACGUGCCCUGAUGGUAAUACCGCUCAGCUCCAAAAUGUCACCUGUUUGAGUCCUGGUAGUCCAGAAUAUGUAACUAACAGGUGUAACUGGCAGAACAGCUGUACUGUUGAAGCAAAGAGCUCAGUGUUUGGAGACCCCUGUGUUGGCACCUACAAGUACCUGGAGGUGGUUUAUGACUGUCAGGAGAGUGAAGCUACAUCAAGUCCUCCUCCAACUACUGUGACAGAAGUCCACAGUGUAACAUGUGAAGGAUCUCAGGCGAAACUUCAGUGUGGUGAAGGACAGGUUAUAGUCGUCUCCUGGGCUAACUUUGGUCGCCGUGACAACACUACGUGCUCUGAUGGACGUGCUAACUCUCAGCUCCAAAAUGUUAACUGCUCGAGUCCCAAUAGUACAGAAUAUGUAACUAACAGGUGUAACUGGCAGAACAGCUGUACUGUUGAAGCAAAGAGCUCAGUGUUUGGAGACCCCUGUGUUGGCACCUACAAGUACCUGGAGGUGGUUUAUGACUGUCAGGAGAGUGAAGCUACAUCAAGUCCUCCUCCAACUACUGUGACAGAAGUCCACAGUGUAACAUGUGAAGGAUCUCAGGCGAAACUUCAGUGUGGUGAAGGACAGGUUAUAGUCAACCCCUGGACUGAUUAUGGUCGCCGUGACAACACCACGUGCUCUGAUGGACGUCCUGACUCUCAGCUCCAAAAUGUUAACUGCUCGAGUCCCAAUAGUACAGAAUAUGUAACUAAGAGCUGUAACUGGCAGAACAGCUGUACUGUUGAAGCAAAGAGCUCAGUGUUUGGAGACCCCUGUGGUGACACCUACAAGUACCUGGAGGUGGUUUAUGACUGUCAGGCUGGUUCCUCUAAGACAUGCCCUCCUGGUUGGACUUGGUUUGGAGGUCGCUGUUUCAUCUUUAACAGCAGUCAGAAGAACUGGACUGAUGCUGAGAGUUCCUGUGAGACACUCGGUGGACAUCUGGCCUCAUUCCACAACACAGCUGAGUACACCUUCAUCAGAGAGCUCACUCACACAGCAGCAGGGUCAUAUAAAGAAGCUUGGGUUGGAGGCAGAAAGAAUGAAACUGUGUGGAUGUGGAGCGAUGGUUCCCAGUUUGACUUCAUAAACUGGGCCAGUGGAGAACCAAACAACUAUGGAGGAGGAGAAGAUUGUAUGGAGAUAAAUCAUGGAGAGCGAGAUUAUGUCAACGACAAAAAGUGUAACACCAACAUCCCUUUUGUUUGUGUCAGAGAUCCAUAACUGCUCCUUCGUGUCCUGACACAUCUGACAUGAUGAUGUCACUUCCACCAGGAUGUCAAGCCUCGAUGACAUCACUGUUGGAAGAUGUUGAUAAAUAUAAUUUUAUAUCACAAUAAACACAAAUAUUACAGUGGGAUGCAAAAGUUUGGGCAACCUUGGUAAUAGUCAUUAUUUUCCUGUAUAAAUCGUUGGUUGUUACAAUAAAAAAUGUCAG